GGCAGCCGAGAGGGCCGGGCCGGGGCGGAGAUCCUGGGGGCCGGCCGCCCCACCGCGCCCCACCCCUCCAGCCGGGCGGACGCCCCAACCCGGCCGCCCGCUCGCCUCGGCGCAGAGCCGCUCCGGCCGCCGCUGGGCACAGCCGCCUCCCCGCGCGCCCCGGAGGUCGACCCUGCGGGGUGGUUGUGCGGGAGCGACGCUCGGGCGCGGCACUCCCUCCCUCGCUCCGAGCCAGCAUGCGGCCGCGGGAUGGCUGAGUCCGGCCGCCGCGGCGCUCCAUGCGCGCCGGCGGGGAUGGGCGGGCGCCGCCUGCAGCUGCUGCUGCUGCUGCCGCUGCUAUUGCUGGGCUCCGUCGGCAGCCUCCCCGCUGCCCGCCCGCCCGGCUCGACGGCGGCGCCGACAGAUUACUUACGAACUGAACCGGAUUUCCUUGAAGAACUGGUGUUUGGAAAUGGAGAUACCAUUGAGCUUCCUUGUAACGUUCCUGGGUCUUCUGUGUCUGUCUCCUGGUAUAAAGAUGGCAUUGUGAUAUCGCCUACUAACCGAACUCAUGUUGGUCAGAAACUGUUGAGGAUUAUCAAUGUGUCCUACGAUGACGCAGGCCUGUAUAGUUGUAAGAUGAGGCACUCCCUUGAAAUGCUGAGGAACUUCACAGUUAGGGUAACUGAUCCUCCAUCAUCGGGCGAUGAUGAAGAUGAUGAUGAUGAAUCUGAAGACAGAGCUGCCCCUUCCUGGACUCGUCGGGAAAGGAUGGAACGGAAACUUCUGGCAGUACCGGCUGCAAACACAGUUCGCUUUCGCUGCCCGGCGGCAGGCCACCCCCCUCCUUCCAUACACUGGUUGAAAAAUGGCAGAGAAUUCAAAGGAGAGCACCGGAUUGGGGGCAUCAAGCUGCGGCAUCUGCAGUGGAGCCUCGUCAUGGAAAGCGUGGUCCCGUCUGAUCGAGGCAACUACACCUGUGUGGUUCAGAAUAAAUAUGGCCGCAUUCAGCAUACGUACCAACUCGAUGUUCUUGAGAGAUCACCCCAUCGUCCCAUUCUCCAGGCUGGGCUGCCCGCCAACCAGACUGUGGUGGUUGGGAGUGAUGUGGAAUUUCACUGCAAGGUGUACAGCGAUGCUCAGCCCCACAUCCAGUGGCUGAAACAUGUGGAAGUGAAUGGCAGCAAAUAUGGGCCUGACGGGACUCCUUAUGUCACAGUUCUGAAGACAGCAGGUGUUAACACAACGGAUAAGGAGCUAGAAAUUCUAUACUUGCACAAUGUUACUUUUGAUGACGCUGGGGAAUAUACUUGUCUUGCUGGGAAUUCUAUUGGGUAUACGCACCAUUCUGCUUGGCUGACGAUAUUACCAGCAGAAGAGCGCAUGGCCGUGGAUGACUCCGCCUCCCUUUACGCUGGCAUCCUGAGCUAUGGGACUGGUUUUGUCCUUUUCAUACUGGUGGCAGCGGUGGUGAUUAUUUAUCGGAUUAAGCGGCCCACCAAAAAAGCCAUGAACGCCACCACCAUUCAGAAAGUCUCCAAAUUCCCGCUCAAGAGACAGGUGUCUUUGGAAUCUAAUUCUUCCAUGAAUUCCAACACUCCACUGGUCAGGGUCGCCCGUCUGUCCUCCAGUGAUGGUCCAAUGCUGGCUCACGUUUCCGAGCUCGAGCUGCCCGCUGACCCCAAGUGGGAGCUGGCGAGAUCACGCCUGACGCUCGGGAAGCCCCUGGGUGAAGGCUGCUUUGGUCAAGUUGUGAUGGCAGAAGCUGUUGGGAUCGAUAAGGAGAAAUCAAACAAACCAGUAACCGUAGCUGUCAAGAUGCUUAAAGGUGACAACGGCUUCUACUCUUCUUGUCCCGCAUCCUUUCUCACGCACUGUCUGAAGGCUGUGAGGAGGAGGAGGCCGGAGUGGGAACGGGAGCGGCUGGGAGGGGGCUCUUCAGAGGUGCUCACGCAAACCCCCCCUGCCCUCACGCAAAACUCACACGGCAUCUCCCCCAGGACCCGCGGAGUCCCCAAAAGCAGAGGGCAACCUGCAGGGGUCAAUCUUGCCGUGCUGGGGGGACGGGGGACUGCUCUCUGCCCCGGGGGCUAUUGGGUGGUGCCUUUCUGCUUCCAAAAGAGGCAUCACCAACUACCUGCAUUCCCACAGAUCUGCUGCGGCGCUCCCGCGGUGUGCACAUUUUUAGACACAGACCACUUGCAAAAGAUUGUUAUUCGAAUGAGUUUAUGUGAUCUGCCAGCUCAGUCGCAUUGA